AUGAGUUCUGUCACCAAAAAAGGGCGUCUGGGUCGCCGGAAAAGCGACCCCGGCACACUGACGGUUAGAUCGACUGCUGAUAAAAUAGCAACAUGUGAACUACCAUGGGGUGGCACUCGUAUGGUAACUCUCGGUCCUCUCGAUCUGACUCAAUCUAGUGGUCCAUUCGUCGGACAGGCGUCUCUAAUGGAUCUUUUCAAUUGUUUCGAACGGAAAUUGAAUACAGUAACCGAGGAGGAACCAAUCGAAAAAAUGCUCAACAAGACACUUCAAAGGGGCGGAGACUUGUAUUUCGACAAUCUCUGUCAUACUCUUCAUGGACUCUCCGAGAUUUGUCUGCCGCCAAUUCUGAAGAUUCUUGUCGAGUGGCAUGAGAAAUACGAUGAAUCGCUGUCACUUUCUAUGCUCUCUCCUAAUAUUACACCGGAUCUCCGUCUAAAACUGGCUAAAAAACUGUUGGCAGUCAAUUAUCUCUUCUGUUUGGUUCUAAUUGAAAUCCUACCACAAGUGGAGUUCCAUCUACCACAAUGUGAUCCUCUAGUGAAGAAAGUUCUCGAGAUUUGCUUCAAAAAUGUACAGUAUCGAGAGCCAUCAACAGUCGGAAUCAACAAAACGAAUCAUUUAGUGGUUGCAGAGACGUAUGGAGAAGUGUUAGGAGUUCUUUCAAGCACUUAUUUCAGCCAUAUUCAUAGAAUCUUCAUGACUCACAUCAUCGAACUGAAAAAAGACGUCUCACAGACGGCGGCUCAACAGAUCGUCGCCCUCAUAAUGUCAAUGAAAUUUCUCCGAAUUAAUUCGAGUCAAGUCGAAGAUUUCGAGAGUGGACUCAAAUUUCUUGACGAUUUAGCCAGUUUACUGUUGGAAGUGAAGGAUAAAGAUGUGAAACACGCUGUCAUGGGUCUUCUAGUGGAGAUUCUGUUGCCGGUGGCCGCACAAAUAAAGCGAGAAACCAACAUUCCUGCGUUGAUAUCACUGGUUCAGAAGCUCUAUAUUACGACGAAUGAUAUGAUAUCGAAGAAGCAACAUAAAUUGGCGGCGUUCCCCUUGAUCACGUGUCUUCUAUGUGUGAGUCAGAAGCAUUUCUUCCUCGCCAACUGGGUUCAAUUCCUGAAUGCAUGUCUGUCACAUCUCAAGAAUAAAGACACACAAGUGGCCAGAGUCGCUUUGGAGAGUUUGUAUCGACUAUUAUGGGUGUAUAUGAUCAGAAACAAUGCGGAUGGCAACGCGGCGACUCGAUCACGACUCGAUUCGAUUUGUGGAAGUUUGUUUCCGAAAGGAAAUCGGUAUAUAGUUCCACGAGACGCUCCACUCAACAUUUUCGUCAAAAUCAUUCAUUUCAUCUCACAACAAAAGUUGGAUUUUGCUUUUAAGGAAAUAAUCUUCGACCUGCUCUGCGUGAAUAAUCGAACUCAACGCUCCCUCUAUGCUGAACGAAUGAAUGUUGGAAUUCGUGCAUUGAUGGUCAUUGCUGAUGGAUUACAACAGAAAGACGACCCACCGGCAAUGCCGAAAUCAAUGGGUCCAUCUGCAAGUGGAACUGUGCAUAAAACGAAACGGAAACAGUAUAUAACGAGACCAUUGACGAAUGAGAUAUCCAAAUCCAUCGGAAUCGACCAGUUCUACCCGCAAUGCCGUAAAGCAUUCGACAGUAUUCUCCGCCUUCUCGACACUCAAAUCGGUAAACCUCUCAUGAUGUCAUCCAUCCAGAAUCGUGGAAAAGAGCCCGACGAGUUGAUAAGUGGCGAUGCGAAACCGAAACUCGAUCUGUUCAGAACUUGUAUUGCCGCGAUCCCGAGACUUCUACCGGAUCCAAUGUCACAUGUGGACCUAAUCGAUCUGCUGACCCGGCUGACGGUCCAUCUCGACGAAGAACUCCGGAACAUGUCUGGAAUAACGCUUCAAACAAUAAUCGGAGAGUUCCCCGACUGGCGAGAACAAGUAUUCAUCAGUCACAUCUCAUUAAUUCAGUCUCAAAUCUCUGAUUUCUAUCCACAAAUUCUGGAUGACUCUCUCCGUCUGAUGCUUCAAUCUCUAACCACGUGGAAUAAGGCGAUAGUUGCCGAGAAGAAGAGAGACGCAGAGAAAGUGCUUCCGACGAGUCCUCCGAGCACUCAUCAUUCCACCGCGUUAAGCCACGCCCACACAACGAGUACUCACAGUACUCAUAUCUCGGUUAGCUUCCCGAAUACUGUCACUUCUGCUUCGUCGAUUAUGUCCGCCUCGUCGUCGUCCCCUCAUCAACCGACACCCUCGUUGUGCUCUUUGCCUGAAUCAUCGUCACUUCAUUCGAUUCCGACGGCUAUUACGAAUUCGGCGACGACGACACCAACGCAUUCACACGGAGCACCGUCGACGUCGAUUCCGAUUGGAGGGGCCGGGAGUAGCACGUUGAAGUAA